GUUGGUCCUGUCGUCUGUCAGUGGAGCUCAGUCAGCAGACAGUCGGUCCGUCCGGUCAGCUGGUCCCGUCCAAUCGUGUUAAAAGCUACCCGAUGGUAAGCCGAAGGCGAAACACCCGAUAGAACCCGGGUCAAUCGAGCCUCGAUCGUCAAGGAUCGUUGAAAGAAAACGGCGGCCCGCGCGCCGCAUGUGCGCGAGUGUAAAAACUUCUCCACCGGAAACACCAACGACACGGUGCGAGGUGCCAACUAAAUCGAACGGCAGAGGAACACGGAGUGGCGGAGGGAAACGAAGGAAGAGGAUAGAAACGCGACGGGGACGGUGUACACCUGGUCAGGCAGGAAAUGACUAUAUCGUACGCGAGCGAAGUGCCAAAUGGCUCCAGCUUCGGCUGCUUCUGGAGGAUCUUGGUCAAAUGGAGGGGAUCCGUUUACAAGCUAAUCUGGCGAGAAUUGUUGGCCUACCUGUUCGUCUACUACGUCAUCAAUUUCACGUAUCGAUAUGCGUUGAACGAGCAGCAGCGGGUAAUCUUCGAAAAGAUCCGAUACUACUUCGGCAAUUCUAGCGAAUCGAUACCGAUGUCGUUCGUGUUGGGAUUUUACGUGAGCCUGGUGGUGAAGCGGUGGUGGGAACAGUACAAGCUACUACCCUGGCCCGACAACCUGGCCCUUUUCAUCAGCGCGGCUAUCCCUGGUAACGACGAAAGAGGCAGACUGAUGAGGAGAAACAUCGUGAGGUACGCGGUACUCGCGUACGUCAUUACGCUGCAAAGGAUUUCGUUGCGCGUUAAGAGACGAUUCCCCACGCUUCAGCACAUCGUAGAUGUUGGUCUGAUGAUGGAAUCCGAGAAGAAGAUCUUCGAAAUGAUGAACAAGAAGGCGGCGAUGUCCAAGUAUUGGAUGCCGCUCGUCUGGGCGACCAAUAUCAUAAACAGGGCGAGGAGGGAAGCCUUGAUAACCAGCGACCAAGUAGUGCAAACCCUUCUAGUCGAGUUGAGCGACAUCCGGAAGAGGCUUGGCGCGCUCAUCGGUUACGACACCGUUUGCGUCCCUCUCGUCUACACGCAGGUGGUCACGCUAUCGUUGUACGCGUAUUUCUUCUCCGCCUUGCUCGGCAGACAAUUUAUCGAGCGAACUGACGUCGGAGGCGGCAAAUACGAGGAACCUGACAUGUAUUUCCCAUUUUUCACGGCUUUGCAGUUCUGCUUUUACGUGGGAUGGUUGAAAGUCGCCGAGGUAUUGAUCAAUCCUUUCGGCGAGGACGACGAUGAUAUCGAGCUAAAUUGGCUGAUAGAUCGCCACAUCAAGGCCGGGUACAUGAUCGUGGACGAAAUGCACGAGGAGCAUCCGGAACUGUUGAAAGAUCAAUAUUGGGACGAGGUGGUGCCCAAAGAUCUACCGUACACGGUGGCGAGCGAGCAGUAUCGAAGGGAGGAACCGAAGGGUUCCGCGGAGCAUUACAAGGUGAAAGACAGCGAUGCACUGUACGCGAACGUGAUGCUGGGCACACAGAUUCACAAUCACGUUCAGCAUCGCAAGACCCACCAGGACGACAUGUACGCCGAUUACGAGAGCGUCGAUACACCGUUGGUCGAGCGAAGGAAAAAUUGGCUGCAAAGACAAAUCACCAGGAUGGGCUCCGUUCGCAGCUCCUCGACCACGUACAGCAGCGGCGGUGGUUUCUUCUCUAGAAAUCGUCACAACAGCGUUUACAGCAGCCCCGAAACCGGAGGUUUACCCCAGACCAACAAUCCAAAUCUCAAGAUGUCGUUGUACGAUCGGCUGGUAGGGAGGAAAAGCAUUCGAAGUCAAAGAAUGGGUCGACAAGGCAAGUGUUCCCUCCCCCUGGUUCGAUGAGACGAUGAAUAUAGAUCGAAUGAAAAAAAAAAAAAAAAAAAAAGAAAAAGAUAUAGGAAAUUUCUGGGUGAACGCGAUUAAAGCGCGAUUAUUCGCGAUCGUACGAUCAACAGAAGUUCAGUUUUGAAAUAACGUUCAUUGUAACGACGAUCGAUGAUCGAUUUCGAUGCUAUUUAAACGGUAAUGAUGCAACCUUACGUAACGCUCGUACGUACGCGUGUUAACAGGAUCUGUAACUCGAAUGAAUUAACGUUUACUAUCGGUGGAUUGUUCGAGCUAAUUCCACGCUAUUCUCCGUGAAAUCGUUCGAAAGA